AUGGUGCCGAAUGAUGACGAGGUGCCGAAGGCAUCGCUCUCGUCGGAUGAUGACAGGGUGCCGAAGGCAUCUCUCGUGUCAAAUGACUGGUGCCGAAGGCAGCGCUCUCGUCGGAUGAUGACAGGGUGCCGAAGGCAUCGCUCGUGUCAAAUGACGGGUGCCGAAGGCAGCGCUCUCGUCGGAUGA